GCUUGAGAGGAGCAGACAGUAUCACAAGGCUAUUUAAGUCCAGACACCGAGCGUUCGCUCGUGCAAUAUCGGAUAUUCAAUGAUACGCGCGCGGUGAAAUCAGUAGUAUCAAAUGAACAAACGAAGCUGUAUAAGCAUUACACAGCACGUGCAGUACUUGCAAGAAUUUUAUAUUGAAUUAUCAAGUUUGAUACAGCGUUUAAUUUUUAAGGCUAUUGCCAGAACAGGGUUAACGUUUUGUUAAUGUUCGCAAAGGUGUGAACAUUGUUGAGUGCCGCAGUUUGGAUAUUUAAUAGAAAAGCCACAAGAAGAAAUUCAAAUCAAAAUGUCUGGUGUGGACGCAUUCAUUGGCAGUUGGAGAGAAGAAGAGAAAGUUGGAUUUGAUGAAAUGGCUUCAGCAUUAGUUUUGCCGAUAGAGAAGAAGGAAUUCUUUAAGAAUGCAAGAACGGAAAUCACGUACAACAAAGACGGUGAUCAGUGGGUGAUAGACGUCGGCAUGCAGGGAGUACCAGGUUCCAGAACCUUCCGCUUCAAACUCGGGGACCCUUAUGAAUCUGCCUCUAUUGACGGCUCGCCUAUGAAGAGUGUAAUGACGGCUGACGGUGAUAGAUUUGUGGAAAAGCAUGUCGAUGAAGGUUUGCAAGGGAUGGAAAUGCAUAUUACUAGACAUAUAGAAGGCGGCAAAAUGGUUGUGGUAACACAAAUUGGUCUCCUGCAGAUGAAAUCCCAGUAUUGCAGGAUAUAAAAUGAUGCAUACAAUCAAGCAUUGCUUGAGCAAACUAUAACAAUCGUGUACGCUUGUUGCUGUCUUGUGGAUUUUGUGUUGUGACGAAUACUGAAUGAUUCGAAUUUAGCUGAGAUUAACAAAGUAAGUUAAUGACUAGAGUAUGUGAGAAUAGCUAGAACAUUACUGUGCAAUUGUGUUCAAAGAAGCAUUUCAGCUUAAGGGUGUCCGACCUAAAUGUUUAAAGAAUAUUAUGUUAAAGGCAUAUAUUACUAACGUCUCUUGGAAACAAAAACGUCUCAUCCGGUGAGAGACAUUUAUGAGACCAACAAUUAUAGUACAUGUUCGUUCAUUAUGUUAUUUAUGUUCAAUUGUUGCGCAUUAAAUCAAUACUAUCGGUCGCUUCUUUUCAAUUAAAAAUGCAUAUUUAUUGUAAAUCAUGUAUAAACAGCACCGUCGUGUUCAUUCUUGUUUUCUCUUUGCAAUGUAAUGCAGUAAUAAACAUGAAAACUUCUA